UGGAAUUGUCAUUCUCACUCAUUAUGCUUCUCUAUCUCUCGUUUAGAAGGUGUCAUCCUAUCCUUCUCAUUGUCUGUCGUGAUCGGGAUUGUCAUCGGGGCAUUCUUCUGGAUUGCCUUCACCUGCCUGGCCCGCAGGAAGCAGGCCAGCGCUUCCAUCUCUCCAUCCACCAGCCAGCGCAACCGAUCCUCAUCCCACAACGUCAUGCUGACCAGGACCGGCUUCUACCGCAGCAACAGCUAUGACAGGCACGGUGACAAUAACCUAGCCUUAGCCAAUACACUGGCCUUCCAACGGCAAGCCUCCCAAGACCAGGCUGACACCUACGGGAGGAAGUCCACUUUCCGAGCCUCCACCUUCCACCCUUUUGCUGAAAUGCCCUUGGCAGACGGGCUGGACAGAAUGCAGUCCUCCUCUGGCUUGCUUGGCACUGACACCUCAUCCACACUCAACUGCAGCCUGGGCUACCAGGAGCAGCACUGGUCAGAGGCCAGACACUACGAUUGUCACUCAUCCCAGACCCCACCUCCUGCAUACGAUUUUGUGGUGGAACCCAGUAAAGAGUCUCUACCAUGAUGCUCCGACCUCAACAUUUGAGGCUCAAUGGAUUCUCAAUGUUUGUAAUUUAAUUGGUUGGUUGGUGGCUUGACAAACUGUGCAAAAGUACACGAUGCAACAUUGAAAUCCUCGAGGCAGGGCAUAUAGAGAGAAACUGUUCCCACUACAUGAAGGGUCAAGAAUCAGAAGUGCACAGAUGAUUGGCAAAAGCAACAUUGACAAUACAAAGAAAGUUUUUCCAAUGAAGUGAUCAGGGAUGCACAGUUUGAAAGGAUGACUGAGGCUUUCAGAACCUAAACUUUCAAAAGAGGAGUUGGUCAAAGAGAAAAUAUUUACAGGGCUACAGGCAAAGGGCAGAGAAGUGAAACCAUCCAAGUUGCUUUUGCAGAGAACCAGUAUAGACUCAUUGGGCUGAAUGACCUCCUUCUAUACUGUAACCAUUCAAUAAUUCUGUGCCAAGUGUUGUAAAAUUCAGUGAUUCUAAUAGUUGCAGUGACAAGAAAAGCUCACUUUCAUAGAGCACAUGCCCCUAUCUCCGUAUGAGCCAAAGUAUCCCACAUUAAAUGAAGUGUGUUUCUCGAAGUGUAGUUAAUGCUAUAUUGUGAAAAACACAGUAGCUAAUCUACACACAGCAAGUUCCCACAAACAACAAUAGAAUAAUGAUCAAAGAAUCUUGUUUAGUAAGCUGACUAAGACAAAAAUAUUGAGCAGGAUGUUAUGGAGAGAUUCACUGCUCUUCUUCCUAUAUUGCUACAGGAUCCUUUGUGCCCAGCUCAUACUUUCAUCUGAACAACCUCCCUCCUGCAGAGUAGCACUCCUUCAAUACCAAUGCUCCUUCUAAUUUUAUUCCUUGCACACAGUCUGGUGAUUACAUUGCCUGGUACAUUUCUGAGCUCUGUGAAGCUGUGAACCCAUGCAGCUUAGAAUAAACAUUACCCAGUACUGCACAGAAUAUCAUCCUAAAUUGUCCAAAAAAAAAUCAAUUGGCACUAUGGAUGAUGUCAUGAUUAAAAGUAACCUGAAUCAAAAUCCACUAAAUGAAAGUCUCUCUCUGCUGGCUGUAAGAUUCUGAGAGUAAAUUCCAACCUUUUUCCAACCAACCUGAGUUUGGAGCCUAAUGCUCUCAUACUGCUCUCUACGUGCAACCAUGAUUUAGGUUCUUUCUAAACGUUGAAGUUAUAGCAUGUUGUUUGGCAGCCUACUUUGCAUCUGACUCUGAAUGAAGUAGAAUCACAGAGCUGUACAGCACGGAAACAGACACUUCAGUCCAACUUGUCCAUGCUGACCAGAUGUCCUACAUUGAU